UCUUGCACUCUCUCUCUAGCCAAAAUGGCGCAAGAAGCAUCAUCCUCAACAUCUUCUAAGAUGAUCUCAUUAAGAACAUCUGAUGGUGAUGUGUUUAAGAUAGAGGUCACUAUAGCUAAGCAAAUGAAAGUUAUGCAGGCUUUCAUCGAUGAAUAUGAUGGACUUUCCAUAAUUCCUCUGCCAAAUGUCUCCAGCAAAGAUCUCUCUUUGACUGUUGAAUUCUGCAAGAAGGACAUUGCUGGAGAGAUCACAAAGGAUUUCGAAGCUAGUUUUGUAAAAGAUCUUGACAACGAGGAGUUGAAGAUCCUCUUCCUUGCAGCAAACUACUUGAACGUGAAUAGGCUUUUCGAAUUUAUAAGUCGGAUCAUCGCAAAUCGGCUCGAGAAGAAGAGCGUAGAGUACGCGCGUGAGUAUUUUGGGAUCAAAAAUGAUUUCACACCUGAAGAAGAGGCCAAGGCCCGAGAAGAGCGUGCUUGGACUUUUAAGGGACUUGAUGAAGACGAGGUUUAAGUCAAUAAUAAUUAUGAUGUAUUAGGUUAUGAAUAAGGAGUAGAAAUUAUCCAAUCUUAUCUUCGGAUCUAUGAAUUUAAUAUGCAUUAUUUCCCCUAAUGGUAUACAAUUUGUGUUUAAUUGUAUUAUUCAUGCUUUCAUCAAAUUUGAUCA